UAUUGCGGAGAACGCUUCGGGCUCGUCGUGAAAAUGAAUCACAAAACGGACACCUAUGAUAGUUAUUGCCUUUAUACACUCAUCCAAGGCAAGCGAUCUUAGGUCUCCAAGUAGCUUUUUCCUACAUCUAGGCUUUUACCCGAAGUAAUUCGGGUGAACGUUUUCAGUCGUGGUGGUUUCUCGUUCUAACUCCUAGCUCAAUCAGGUCCAUCUAGCUUCACUUUGAUUAAACAGGUUCAAAGCUGCAGUGGCAUUGUCACACUUGGGAAUUGACCAUACCACCAUAUGACUGCAAACCGUAUGUACUCAUGUAAGCGUUGGUAAAUGGCAGCAGAACAACACCAGAAAGUAGAAGGAGUUUAGAGAGCAGCCUAUGUAUGCAUGGGGAUGGCCUUUGAAAUAACCCCUCUGGCUUCGUAUAGGAAUACCAAUACAUCUCGCUCCGAUUCUCAAUUACGCACCGUUGCCAGUUUCCAACAGUAGACUAUCAGAUAAUUCAUACUUUUUGUCUACGUCAUUCGACGUCAGGAAAUCCUCCCCGCGCUAUUGGGAAUUACUUUAGGCCACUGACCUGUCCCCGCAUAUUUAAGUCUCUCUGCGCGCAUCAACCGCAUUCAGUCGUUGCCGUCCCUGGUGAAUCCAGUCCUGCGCUCGCGCGGAGCUGUUUUAGCGGGCUGUGCACGUGUCCCAAGAUCUGCAGUCGCGGGUUUUCAAGAAAAGAGUGGCGAUUGGACUUAGUCGUGGCCGAUUUUCUACAAUCUUUUCUACCAAGGGAAGUUGUUGAAUAUCUGGUGCAAGCCCGAUUCCGCAUUCGCGCGGACCGAAACUUCGCCGGACACCGGUAGAACCCACUGCUUUCAGAGCAUAUGGCGCCACUGGUGAACCGCUGCUGGACGCUGGUUCUGGGCGCGUGCCUGGCACUAACGGUCCGAGCCGACUGCGAGAAGGAGUGCGAGCUCUGUCUCUUCCGUCUGCAGGGCCGACAGGUGGACUUGAGCUUGAUUACGUGCGUGCAGGAGUGCGAGGGGGGGGUGAGCACGGUGAAGUCCCUGGGCCUGUGCCGGGACGUCCCGGCCGAGGAGGGCGACCCGGGCCGGGCCGUCGCCGAGCAACAGGACCAGCUGGCCAAGCGCUACGGCGGCUUCAUGCGCCGCUACGGGGGGUUCAUGAAGAAGUCCGCCGAGGUCGCCGUGGAAACGGCGGGAGAGCUGGGCAAGCGGUACGGCGGCUUCAUGAAGAAAGACGACGGCGGGGGCCGCUUGGGCGCGCUGAAGGAGCUCCUGGCUGCGGCGGCGGCGGCCGGCGGGGAGGGGGGGGCCGGCGAGGGGGGGGCCAGCGAGGGGGCGGCCGGGGGCGAGGGAGAGCAGCGGUACGGGGGCGUGACGCACAGCGCGGAGCUGGGGGGCGGAGUCAGGGCGCUGCAGAAACGCUACGGCGGGUUCAUGCGGCGCGUGGGCAGCCCCAACUGGGAGGAGAACAAGAAACCGUACGAGGGGCUCAGCAAGAGGGCCUGGGGCCCUGAGGAAGGAGCCGGCUCGCUGGGCGCGGACAAGAGAUACGGCGGGUUCAUGGACUAAAGUCACUCUCCUCCUGUGUUUUUUCCUUUCUUUUUUUCUAACUAAAAGACGCUAUCAUCAAUCGCUAGGUCUGGCUCUGCACUACGUGACUUGCAUUUUGCAGUUUUUUUUGUUGUUGUUUUGCUUGUUUUCCUGUCUGUAUGGUUACACGUUUGCUCCUCCUGUUUUUUCAACCACUGUACCCCUCUGCAUGUGUUUUUGUUUUCCUUUUUAUGAAACGCACACCCAACAUGCUUCAAGCAACUUAAACGAGUAUGUAGCCCACAUCCAGUAAAACACACACGUGUUCUGCCUUGUGUCACAGCUAUUCCCUUACCUGUAACCUGAACAUAAAGAGUAAGAAAACUUGGUCUCAACACACACACACACACACACACGCAAACACACACACACAAACACACACACACGCAUGCACGCAGACUCAAAUGUCUUUUUGAACAUGAAAUCAUACGUGCAUAACUGCUAAUAUUGACAUAUCCAGUGAAACGUGUGAAAUGUAUAAAAACUGCUGAAAUAUAUAAAAACUGCUAAGAUAUAUAUUUGCACUCAUUUUGCUGCUCAGUGAUAUCGUGCUGUAUCCCCAGCCCUGUCCGGCUGUGGGCUUCUGUAGGGGGGGGCGUAAACUCUGUGGCCCCUCCCACCUCUGUGGAAACACAACGUCUGCAAGCAGGGAGGUUCACUGCUGUGGUACAGAACCUGCUUCGGGGAAGGCCCUGUCUGUUUCUGUAUUUCAUACGAACUUGUUAUUUAUUUAUUUAUUUAUUAAUUUAAUCAUAUGUGAGUCUGGCAUAAAAAAUAAAAAAAAUCAUUAUUGACAAGCACUUGAA